UUCCUGUAAGACCUAUGCGUAUGCUGUGGUUUCAAGUGGAAAAUGUCACUGGGCACUUAAAAGAAGUCAGAGAGGUGAGAAUGAGGAGAUAGAGGGAUGAGCAACUGCUUACACAAGAGUGAGAGAGAAAGAGAGAGAGUAAUGUAUAAAUAGAAAGAAAGAGGGACAGAAAGAAGCAGAAGUGAAGAAAAUCUUCAUCAGUCCAGCAAAGGAGGCAACGAUGUGUUUCUUCCUGCUGACCAUCUGCCACCAGCACUCAUGAGUCAUAUCGCAGUCAUGGACACGGAGUUGCUGUGGUUCUUAUACAUCCUGGUGGUUUUGUUUCCAGUGCGUCCAGUUCGCUGUCAUAAAGACUCACUCGGACUCCACUGUACAAAUGACCUUGUCAACAACGUCAGCUGUACUUGGAUCAGCUUUCAGGACAGCUCUGGAGAGGACUGUUGGAUUUCUGGUGUGAUGAAAGAUUGGAAACCAAUAACACAAUUUGAAUUUAUUAAGCGACGCUGCAAACUGAAACAACACAUGAAGUCUCCUCCAGGCUGUAGUUUUGCAUUUGAAGGAAUAGAAUUCAGUGGUUAUGAGGUGAUGCCGAACAUCAGUGUGGAGUGUAAUGGCAAGUUGGUGGAGAAUCUCACGGACUACACCCCAAAGGAUCACAUUAAAAUGCAUCCUCCAGAUGCUCCAAAUGUCAGCCUCACUACCAAUGAAACCCGGAUUUCAUGGAGCCUAGGGAGUCCUGUUUCUUACCUGUUCAAAUCCACAUUUGACUUUGAAGUCCAAGUCACAAAGAACAAACAUUCUUGGGGGGAAGCCAUGAAAUUUACUGCACAAGAGCAAGAGCUGAAAUUUUCUAGUGUUCAGCUAAAGGGCCACCAGCGGGUCAGGGUGAGAGUGAAGCCCAGUAAAAGAGAUAAAAGCCACUGGAGCAACUGGAGUCCAGUAACAUCUUGGAUGGGACCGACAGACAAAGUGGAUGAGACAAAAAAUCAAGAGUGGUGGCUGGAGCAAAAGCCUCUGAUCGUGAUGGGAGUCAUGCUCACUGUCUGUCUCAUCAUUACUGUCCCUCUGUCCCUUUAUAAGAACUGCAAAACCAGGCGGUUCUUCAAAGUAAAGCCAAUACCGAACCCCUCUUACUACUUCCACUCUCUCCACUCUGUCCAUGGAGGAAAUCUGGAGAAAUGGCUGAAUCCCUUGCCACUUUCUGAAUCAUUCAUCACACCCCAGUCAUGUGACCAAAUUUCCUCGGUGGAGGUGUGUGAGGACUGGAAAGGGUUACCCUUCCUCUCUCCAUCCUCCAGUCCCACCAGUGCCCUGCUUAAUGGCGACCCCUCCUCUGGCUCCAACAUCAGUGGGGUUGUCUACAACUCCUCCUCUUUGUCUGACUACUCUAACAUGGGUUAUUUCAUGUCCAGCUCAUCCGGUGGCUCACCUCAAACCGAUCCGGCUUACUUCACUUAUCAGGAUGAUUUCUGCAAUCUGCCCAACAGCCACAGCCAUCACCCUUCCCCGUGUGCUCCGCUCGCCUCCUGUCCAUCUUAUGAGAGUCUGAAAAGGGUGCCAGAGUGCCCCGACUCUGGUUUUGGCAUCACAAUGGAAAAUGAGAUGGACAUAACGAAAUAUACAGACACAGAAGGUGAAAAUGUUCUUGAUAAUCUGAUUUCUCCUGUUCUCAUCCUUCCUGCACAUCUUCCUUCUCACACGUGCCCCCCCUCCGCCCAUCCAGCUCCUCCUCAUCCUUCCACUGUUACACAGACGCUCUCUGACAGCCAGCAGGCGACUGUGCCUGAGGCAGCAGCCAGCGGCAGCUCUGCAGCAUGGCUUGUUUCUAGUGCCAUGUGCAGGUCUUCCUCCAUGCCUGUAGAACCUUCUAAAACAGGUUAUCUGACACUCAAAGAGCUGCAUACAACAUUCAGCAAUAAAUCCAUCUAAAAAUGUGCGAUUAAAUUUUGAUUAAGCCACUAUCCUCAUUUCAUUUGGGACAUUUUGUAAAGUACUUUCAAAGCUAGUUUUGUAUUAAAAUAUAUAUAUAUAAUUUCAUGUAGCAACAUGCUGAAAAGGUUAGGAUAGAGGGAUGUUUGCCUUUGUGUUACAUCACAUAUUAUGCUUUUAAGUCUUGUGGGAAUUGAGGAUACUAACUGUUGCAACUCUAAAAGAAUCUGCAAGAUUGUAGCUGCUCAGCAGUGUGCUGUUGUUCUCCUCUUCAUGCUGCUCCAUGCUUUUCCUGCAGGAAGGCCAGGCAAGCACACACACUGUAUAUACUAAAACACACCAUAUUGAGACAUAAUAGAGGCUAUGCAGAAUGAGGUCUGACAUUGUCCUCUUGACCUUUGAUGCAACUGCCAACAUAUCAUCUACGAUGCUGGAUUAGGUUUAGAUAUUCAUGCUGAACAGCCAGGAUGCUCUUUCUUAUCUCCCAGGUAGGACCAGACUACCAAACAAACCAAAAUGGCCAAUGCUUUGCAAAGAAGAUGCAUUUGAAUUGUCUGAUUAUUUUCAAAGUUUAGAUGCAAGUUUAAUCAGUAGAUAUGAACAAUGUUGAGCUAUAUGCACCGAUCCAGAGAAAUCCGUUCAGUUCCCUUCUAUUUUGAACUAUCUGGUGCUUCAGAUGAGGUUAGAUGGAAAUGAGUGAAGAGGUGGAGUGAAAACGAUUUGGGAGUAAGACCCAUCAUGACAAAUUCUGCAUAGUUCCUGCUGAUGUAAAUACAAAUUUUGGUGUUUUUAUUAGUGUUGUUGCUACAUUUGCUUGGUGUAAACACGCUGUGAUAGUCCAUUUCACUCCGUCAUGGCCUUAAUUCGUCGUAGAAGCCAGGCUCAUGUCGUCCUUAUCAUAAAGAAAGCUAGGACAUCUUGAUGAGCGGAGCAAAAUGUUAGCUCAUGUUAAAAUUAGCUUAAUUAUAUGCUGCUGUCAACUUCAUGCUUAUCAAAGGUAAUCUUGAUAAGUAAAAGAAGAAAGCAGCAAUGACUUUUAUCAUUCCAUGAGCUUUAUUUUACCCACAAACUAGCAAAAGCUAACAGAGAAGGGCAGAUUGAAGUAAAGUGAUUUAAUUAAGCAAUCAAUGCUGUCAUAUACUCGGUUCCUUUAAAUCUUGCCCCCAAAAAAGGCUUGAAAGCCAUUUUUAAUGAAAUUUGUCAGUAAAAUCUUUGGCUCGCUCAAGGAGUAAAUCUUAAGUAACGUCUGUCAGUUUCAGGAUCUCAGAGAUUGGAAUAGGCAAAAAAGCAACACAAAAGUGAAGUUUUCCAGUGAUCCAUUAGCAUUGGCCACACAUGCCCUGCUCUACAAUGAACUAGGCUGACCACCAGUUAUACUACACAGAAAUAGUGGGGCAAAUAUGGCAUUACAUGAAUAUAAGCAACAGUAAUGACUGAGCAUUAACUACUCAUGGGUUUGUCACAAGCAACCAUGCAAACAGCCGGCAUUACAGUCUUCACUUACAUGAGUUUAGGGUUUCUUUAUUGGUUUAUUUGUUUUUGUCUACCAUCAUCAACUUUUGUGUCUCAUCAGGCAUUUAUGUACAUUGUAAACUUUUUUUUUUUUUUGGUAUUCUGUGAUUAUUGCGACAGAAACUUCUCCAAGACCUCUUCUUUUAAGUCAAACUUUUUUAAUCCUGUAUCUUUUUAUCCCACAUUUUAUACUCUGUUGAUGUAUUUUACACCAUCUGAAUACCUUUGUAGCAAAAAUGUAAACAUGUAAACAUGAAACUGCUAUUAAAUCAUCAUACAUCAAUAUUUGUUCUGCUUUUUCUCAUAAAAAAAACUUCAUAAACAACUUAAGAUUUGCUCAAAACUAGCAAACAUUCAGUAAUUUUCAAGAUAUUAACCCUUUAAAUACCAGUUUAAUGAUUUGAAUGAAUAAUUAAUAAAAAGACAUGAAAUAUACUUUCCAUAUAAUAAUAAAUAGUGAGGUGGGCUGUUAGUGGUGAUUUGAGUCUUGGAUAUGUUAAAAAUGAGCAAGAUUGCAUUAGUACUUUUUAUGUAGUAUCAGAUACUCCUUUUGGACUCCUUCAUGGUCAAAACUAUUCUGUCAUGCCAUUUUCAUUUAGAAGAAAAGUAGUGUUAUUUAACAUUUAGGCUCUUUUCCACCAGACUCAACUAUUUUGCAUUUGUGUGUGUGUGUGUGUGUGUGUUUGUGUUAAGAGUAAGUAAUGGUGUUUUAAAAGGGCCUCUUUAAGUUAAAGUUUAAGUUCAAGUUUAUUCAUAUAGCACAUUUUCUGCAACAGCAGUUGCCCAAAGUGCUGAACAAAA